CCAGUCAAGUGUCGCGCUUCGCGCGGCUGAGGUUGGCAGCCCUGCAGCGCCAGCGGCGCAAACCCUUGGGGAAACGGAUGAACGUCUUGGAGCGCCUGGGCCGCAGGGUGGGAUGAGCGAGUUCCGAAACCACUGAAGGCUCCAUCGGAUGUUGGCGACAGGUCGGAGAGCCAAGAUGUCGAAGCCGGGCGACUCGGCCUCGCCGCCGCAGCAGCAGCAGCAGCAGCAGGCAUCCCCGACGGCCUUCGACGACAUCAACGACGGCCUGGUGCGGCUGCUCGAGUGCCCCGUGUGCGCCGACCCCAUGACGGACAAGAUCUACAUGUGCCGCAACGGGCACAACGUGUGCGCGGCGUGCCGGCCGCGCCUGGGCGCCAGCUGCCCCACGUGCCGCGGCGAGCUCAUGGAGACGCGCUGCCUGCUGGCCGAGACGAUCGCGCGCAAGCUGCUGUACCCGUGCGACCACGGCUGCGGCUUGCGGCUGUCCCUGCGCGAGAGGCGGCGGCACGAGGAGCGCUGCCCGCUGCGCCUGCGCGAGUGCGCAAACCGCGCGCGCGGCUGCCCCCGCAGGCUGCCCCCGGACGGGAAGCGCGAGCACGAGGCGAGCUGUCCCUACCGCCGCUACGAGUGCCCGCGCGCGCCGCAGGGCUGCGACCUGGAGGUUCUGCACAAGGACCGCCGCAGGCACGACGCCAGCUGCCCCUACCGGGCGGCCAGCUGCGCGCACUGCGAGGCCUCGCUGCUGCACAAGGACAAGCAGGCGCACGAGCAGGCCUGCCCGCUGCGCCUGGUGCCCUGCGAGCACGCCGAGGCCGGCUGCAAGGAGCGCCUGGUGUUCAGAGACCGCGCCGACCACGAGGCCUCGUGCGCGCACCGCCUCUACGACUGCGUGCCCUGCCGGCCCGACGGCUGCCGCUGGCGCGGGCGGCGUAGCGCGCUCGAGAAGCACAUGGCGGAGGACCACCGCAUCGCCGUGUGGCGCAGCAAGUCCAACCUGGGCGUGUGGUGCGACUACGACUCGUGCACGGACCGCAAGUACGCGGGGCUGGUGUCCGUGUACGGAGAGCUGUUCUGGUACCGCCACCGCUUCGAGGCGCGCCGCGGCACCUGCUCGUGGACCGUGCAGUACGUGGGCGCGCGCGACGGCUGCGCGCGGUUCCGCUACCGGCUCGCCGUGUACGCCGACGAGAAGGCCGGGCCCAGCGUCACGUUCGACGACGUGCCCGUCGCCAGCGACCUGGACCCCGUCGACGAGGUGUUCGAGUCGCGGCACGGCGUGUGCCUCGACGCGCGCAUGCUGGAGAAAUACGUGGUGGACAAUAGCAUGCGGAUCAAGUUCAAGAUCAAGAAGGUCAAAUGAACUUCUCGGCCCCAUCUCCUCAACAAUCGACAAGACUUUCUUCUUGGACAAUUAUUGCAUGCUCAUCAAAUUCAAAAUAAAGACGAUCAAAUAAUAUUAAUUCCCUUAAAUAGACUAGGCCUUCUUCAAGAAAAAAAUCAUAAAUUAGAAUCGUUUAUGAUAAAGAAUGUAAAAUUAUUUAUAUUCAAGUGAAUAGGUAUUCAUUAUAUUCCAGACUACAUUUAUAGAACUAAGGUCAUAAUGGUAUUUAUUUUUCGUAACCGCUUGACACGUUUCCCCUCUUAUAUUACAUUACUGUGAGAAAUAGCAAGUGGAUCAAUUUAAAAGUAAAGAAUGUUGAAUGAGUUAUUUCCCCUUAAAUAGACGAGACCUUCAUUAUGGACAACUCAUGCUCAUAAGGCUAGAUUUUAAAAAAGGUAUAAUUUAUCAUAGGCAAACCAGUUGUGACCUCUCACAUGUCUGUAGCCAAUGAACUGGCAUUAUUUUCCCAAGUUUACAGAGGAUUGUGGCGUCUUUCCUGUAGGUCAUCGAAACUGCGAAUUUUUUUUCAGUCCCUACCUAUUUCGUUCAUUUUUUUAUUAUGGCGUAGUGUAUUUAAUGGAUAGAACAAUAGAUACAAGGGAAUAUAAUAGUCUUUCAUGUAAUUUUAUUUUUCAAAUAUGACUGAUCUUAAAAGUGUUACUAGUUGUCACUUGCAAAGCAACAUAUGGUGUUCGUUACAUACACUAACCACUAUGAAAAGUAGUUUAAGAACUCUAUUCGCAGAAUAACAGUGACAGAAGCGUCAAAAUUAAUGAUACUUUUAAAAAAAAUUCAAUUUAAAACAAUUUACAUGAUACGAACUAAAAAAACAGUUGUUAAUUAUGUUGUGUUAUGAAACAAGUGUUUUGUCUUCAUCAGACAUAAAUGUUAAAUCGAGGAAUCGCUUGAAAGACAAACCAUUGGAAACCUCCGCGAUUGAUUCACCGAAAUCUUAACAUACUUCGUGAAGUUGUAUUUUAAUUUGGUGUACCUAUAUUUGUAUUCAGUGGAUAUUGCGUUUCGCUGGUUUGGAGUUGAUCGUCUUUUUGUUCAGUGUGUAUUACGAAGUUGAUAAAGCAAUGGCGAACAGACAAGCUGCAUCUGGAAAUAAAGCCGCAUCUAAGAAAUUCAUAACAUCCAACAUAAAUUUCCAUAUCUAAAAAUAUUCUUAACUGUCAAGAUGCAGUGAUGAAACCUAAGACUUUACGCGUUAUUGCUGGUGACUAACAGUUGAGACGAAUCAGGUAACUGACUAUAUAAUUUAUGUAGUUUGUUGCAGAUAUGAAAAGAACAAAGUUUGUGGAAUUAGAAUUCUUGCAUGUAGUAUUACUUCAUAUAUUUAGUUUGACCACUAUUGAAAUAUAAUAUAAUUUAGUAUUUUACUAUCUGAUUUCUUUACAUACUUUUUGGUAUGAUAUAUUUGUAUUUAUUUUGCAAGAUAAAAAUGUGAUUUGACGGCUUUACAAAAUAUGAAUGUCCUUUAAACUAAAAAAAAAGCAUGGUAUUUUAAAUCAUUUACUAGCUUGUUUCAGAAAACUUUCGCUUCCAGUAAUAUGAUUUGAAUGUGAUGGGGGGGGGGGGGGGGAAAUUAUGAUGUUGGCUAAUUAUUAUAAGUGUAAGACCACACAAGAACCAUUGCCAACUAAAAUAUUUAACUUGCCAGUGUAUUUUAGGUGACAAAGCAAUAUGUAACAGACCAUAUACGUCAGGAAAUCUAAAUGUGGAUUUUUUAUAACUUUUGAUAUCAAUAUUCGAUAAAUUUUAUAUAGUUUUACAGUUUUCGAUGUAAAUUAUGCCUUAUAAAUCAUUAAAAAAAAAAGUAUCACAACAUUUUGGUCUGAAGUUCCACGGACGAGUUACGUGUCCAAUAUUUGCGGCAGUGAUAGUAUUCGUUUUUGACCAAAGAAAUCUUUUGUUGAAUGAGGUGUGUUUUAAUUAAUUAUAUGGUGAUUAAAUAAGAGUUAUAAUGUUACGAAGAUGUACAUAAAUUCCUUGUACGGUUUUGUAAACAUUAAAAAGAUAUGAGUAUUAUUGUAUUAAA